AUGGAAGCUUUUCUUAGCUUUCUUCUUCCCCUGCUGCUGUGUCUCUUACUGAUGAAUUGCAAUCCUUCUACUUCACUACCCAUGUGUACCAACUUGAGGGCACCUGUGAUUGAAAAUGAAUCUCUGGCAUUUUGUCCCUACAAGGGGAGGGUGUGUUGUGAUUCAACCAAAGACUCACAGCUACAGAUGGAGUUUGAAGCUAUGAACAUCUCGGUUUCCGAACCUGACUGUGCUUCGGCUAUCAAAUCAAUUCUUUGUGCUACAUGUGAUCAGUUCUCGGCAAACCUAUUCAACGUUCAAUCACAAAUCCGUUCAGUUCCAGUUCUUUGUGACUCUCCUAACUCAGCAGAUUCUUCUCUGUCCAACCAAUCUGAAACUAGUUUCUGUACAUACGUGUGGGAGACAUGCCAAAACGUCUCCAUGCAUAAUUCUCCAUUUGCCCCUUCACUACAAGGUGCUGGUGGAUUACCACAGAACACAUCAUCUAAGUUCACUGAUCUUUGGCAAUCAAGAAGCGAUUUCUGUACUGCAUUUGGUGGUAGACCAGAUGAAAGGACUCAGUGUUUCAACGGGAGACCAAUACUGCUUAACUCGACCGAACACCCUGUUCCUCCAAAAGGCAUAUGUCUUGAGAGGCUUGGAGAUAAAGGGUAUAUCAAUAUGGCUGCUCAUCCAGAUGGGUCAGACCAAGCUUUCUUCUCAGACCUACCUGGAAAAAUAUGGCUCGCAAAAAUUCCUACACAUGGCUCUGGAAAACCAUUGGGAUUAGAUGAAUCUAGCCCUUUUGUAGAUUUAACAGAUCAAAUCAAAUUUGAUACCGUAUUUGGUUUGAUGGGGAUAGCGUUCCAUCCAAAGUUUGCUGAAAAUGGGCGUUUCUUUGCUUCGUUCAAUUGUGACAAAGAAAAGUCGUCCACGUGUUCAGGAAGAUGUGGUUGUAACUCAGACGUGGGUUGUGACCCUUCAAAAAUAGGGAGUUCAGGGGGAGCAGAUCACCCAUGUCAGUAUCAUAAUGUGGUGGCAGAGUACACUGUUAAUGGGACAUCAUCAGAACCUGCAAAGGCGACAAAAGGGAAACCUGAAGAAGUGAGAAGAAUAUUUACGAUGGGGCUUCCAUUUACAAAUAAUCAUGGUGGCCAGAUUCUUUUCGGGCCUACUGACGGGUAUCUGUAUAUUAUGCUGGGAGAUGGUGGAGGUAGAAACGGUCCUUUCGGAUUUGCACAAAACAAAAAAUCCUUGCUCGGAAAGAUUAUGAGGGUGGAUGUUGAUACAAUACCUAAAGAGGCAGAUGAUAUGAAUUUAUGGGGAAAUUAUUCAAUCCCUCGUGACAAUCCCUACUCUGAAGAUAAAGAAUUGUUGCCUGAAAUAUGGGCCUUAGGACUCAGAAAUCCUUGGCGUUGUAGCUUUGAUUCGGAAAGACCUGCUUACUUCCUAUGUGCAGAUGUUGGACAGGAUCGUUAUGAAGAGAUUGAUGUCAUUACCAAGGGUGGAAACUAUGGCUGGAGUGUAUAUGAAGGCCAUCUUACUGUUAAUUCUCACCAAUCUUCCAUAGGAAAUACAACUGAUUCUACAGAUCUUAUCUUUCCAGCAAUGGGAUAUAACCACUACGACGUAAACAAAAAGGAAGGUUCUGCAGCAAUAUCAGGCGGGUAUUUCUAUCGUUCUACUACGGAUCCAUGCAUGUAUGGCAGUUACCUGUAUGCAGAUCUGUAUGCCACUGCUUUAUGGGCAGCUGCUGAAACUCCAACAAAUAGUGGGAACUUUUCCACAUUUUCAAUCCCUUUCAGCUGUGCUCUUGAUUCUCCAUUACAGUGCAGCUCGGUACCAAACACUAACUUGGCUGCUCUAGGUUACAUAUACUCAUUUGGAGAAGAUAACAGGAAAGACAUAUAUAUUUUGUCAAGCACUGGAGUCUACAGAGUAGUACGCCCAAGUCGCUGUAAUUAUACUUGUACAAUGGAAAAUGCAACAGAAUUUGCAACUCCUCCUACUUCUUCACCUUCUUCAAGCAGUAAUCACCUCACCAGCCAAAAUAUGGAGUUUGUGCUCACUAUCUCUUUAAUAUUGUUCUUAGUAGGCCAUAUGCUGUAAGCCUGUCAGAAUACAAAUCAGCGUCUCAGGAGCCAUGCUUUUAUAAAUUACAUCGUUUCAUUUAGCUUGGAUGUGAUUAUGUGAAUAAACAAAAUAGGUUACUUUGAAUAUUAUAUCAAGUUCUUUAAUGAGCA